UCUCAUUAUUAUUCAUUAUGUUAUAAUUGCUUGGCAGUUUAUCCUUGCUUUGAUGUUCCUUGAAUUCCUUGUCCACAUUUUUAUUUUAAAUUCCUUUCUUUGGAGACCAGCUAGAUGGAAAUAGUUAGAGAUGGAGAUAGGGUGCCAUAAGUAAUAAGUCUCACCUAAGAUGGAGAGAAAUGAGUGUGAGAGUAUAAAUUUUGGCGCCGGCUAUGGUGCAUCACCCUUCCAAAUCAUGUAUAGGUGCUCACCCCUCACAUCCAACGCAAAUGCUAGUGCUUCAAAUUCAAUGUGUAAACGUGUUCCUGUCUUGUCUUUGUGGUUUAGCCAUGGUUUGCUAUUUUCUUAACUUCCCAAACCCAACAACAAUUCAAUCUGCAAGACCAAAAUUCAAGCUUGAUUCAAGGGGAAUUUUACUAAAUGCACAUCUAAAAUUCAAGCUUGAUUCAAAGCUAUUGUCUUCCUUGCCUCGUGUUCUAUUGGUGUGAUUGUGUGAAUGCUCAAUAAAGGACUGACCAAGAUGGAGCAUGGAGGUUGGGAUUUCAUCAAGUAGUACCUACGCACCCAAUCCGUCAUUCUCCAUCCUCCUCAUAAUGAACCCUUUUAUCUCGUUCCUCUCAGCCACUUGGCAUUCUAGCUCCUCUGCCCAAGCCCUCGACCCCUCCACCAUUGACCCAACAAGCACUUCUCCUCCGCACGCUAGACGUUCAGGUGAAUGAGAGGCAAAGAUCUCGCCCCCUCCCCACCGUUGUUGGCCUUGGAGUUCUAGCAUCACGAUGACAUCACUUCCUUCCUCCGCGCGCAUUCCAGAGGUUGGUGGAGGAGCAUUGCUAGGAAGAUGGAGAAAGCUGAGGCCUGUGUAGGAAUGCAAGAGCUUCUUUGCUUCUUUAUCAGUCCUCUUGCCGAGGGAUGAAGGAUUGGUUUUUCGGUCUGUUGCCAUUGCAAUGCCAAUGUCAUCGCAGGAAUUAAAGGAGAUAAUGGGAGAUGGGAGAAAAUAAUUUGAAUUAGGUGUUUUAGUCAUUUUACUCCUUCAAUCUCAGGCAUCCAAUAUUUUAUUAUCAAUUUUUUUUUUAUAAGCCCAAUAUUUUAUUAUCAUAUCAAAUGGUAAUAAAACUGAUAAGAGUUUAAUUUCUAUGCACCGACGGUGUAAAGUUUUUUUACACCAACAACCAAUCAGAUUUCAAGGAUGUUAGAUAAUCUCUCUUUUUAUUUAAUUUCAUUAAUUGACGCGGCACAUCCUUAAAAUCUGAUUGGUUGACGGUGUAAUCUUUUUUCUCAACUGAUAAAACUAUCAUGCACACAUACAUGACUUAUUCGAUCAUGCACCUGAGCCGUGGCCAUAAAUUUAUACUCAUUUUCUCAUAUUAUCCAUCUAUAUACGUCUGGUAGAAUUGUCUUUCAUGUGAGACUCCAUGCAUUAAUUUAUUUUGAACUCACAUUCUUUGAAUUCUUUGCAGUUGUGUCCUCUUCUCUGCAUAAAUUGUCUCUCUGCUUCUCAUUCCUUUUGAAUAACUAAUGAUAGAAUUCAAGUUCAGCUCUGUGUUUUAGCCAGAUUCAAAUGAACUGCAAGGGUGUUUGCUUCCACAGUUCCACGUGCUACUCAGAAUCUCAUAUUGAUGGACUCAAAAUGGCUCAUGUGUAUACGUGGUUUCUGGAGACAUACACGAUUUUUCUACAAACUUCCAAACUUGCUGUAUGAAACACCAUACAAAUAUACAAUGGCCCCAAAAGAGAAAAAAAAAAAAAAAAGAACACCGGACCACAUGUAUGAACAUAAAAAAAGAGAUGCCGAUGCGAAGUCUGAAACGCAUGUCAUUGCCCAUUGGCAUGAGGGACCAAAGUCACGCCGGAGAUAGAAUUAAUGAACACAUCAUAAUCAUAGUGAAAAUUAAAACCCUUUCAAGACAGCUGGGACUUAGAAUGUUCAAAUAAUAGGACCAUAAUAAAAUGAAAAUGUUUUUCUUUUUAAAAAUGAAGAAAAAGUAGCAUAAAAGAACAAAGAUACAUAAUAAUAAAGAUAACUAUCAUCUCUUCGUCGGAGAUGGUGCAAGAAAGAUCCUUAAUUUCGCUUUCUCAGUUUUGGAAGAGAUAUGAGAGAUAUCCACACACCUAAUUUACUUGGACACUAUUAAUUAGAUAAUAAUUAAAAUAAUGCCAAAUGAAGAAAUGAGUGAUGGUUCAAGUAGUUUAUAUUUGCUUCCUUUUAAGCAAUAUCUUAAGUUUGAAUAUUGUGUAAAAGAAAAAACAUCACUCACAUAACUAAUCUGGGGAAGGGUAGCUCACUUGUUGAUCUAAGGGAAUGAAGAGAUUUGCAGGAUGAAGGGUCAGGAUUCGAAUCCUGGUGAAGGAACUAAUUUACUAACAAUUAACAACUAACAUUGGCCUAUAAAAAAAAAAAAAAACUCACAGAACUAAUCUCUAAAUGACAUAAUUUCCUACCCCACCAUAUCUUUUUCUACUAUCUCUUUUAGGUUAUUCUUUUGUGUUAUUUAAGAAAAUAAGGGAUUAACAAAUUUAGGAUACUUAAGUAUUUGUUGGAAAAAUAAAUUGAAUGUGGAACUUAACUUGAUACAAGGAAAAAAAAUACUUUCGUCCUUAUUUUAUAAGAUAACAUUAGUUUUAGUGUCUCUAUAUUAAAAACAGUCCAUUUUAAUCCUCGUAAUUUAAAAAUAAAGUGACUUUUAUUCCUUCAGUUUUUUUUAUAAGCAAAUGUUAGUUGUUAGUAAUGUUAGUAAAUUAGUCAUCACAUAAUCACUCAAACCUUCAUAUCAUUUUCACCCUUACCCCAUCAUGUAGGACUCUAGAACACUAAAGAAACUCCCACUCCUCACCCGCCAGCCAGUCAAGUUCACCUUUGCAUUGGCCUCCACAUGCAUCGUCCCAAACCCAACCUCCACCCACACAUGAAGUAACCAACCCCUCAUCGGGGCAACCACAAGUACCAUCCUGACCCACACCACCACACCAUUUCCCACCAAAGUGAGAACCACUAAGUCGCGGUGGUUGUAUGACCCAAACCUCGCCUAAGCCCCUCACUCCCAACCUUCAUACCCAUACCAGACCACAACAUAGUAACCACCACCCCUCACCUUGUAAACUCACUUAUCCAUAAACCUUCCACUAUCCCAUCCCCUAAAACCCAAUUUCAAUCAAGAACAAAAACCACAUCAUCGGACCUCCCACAACCACCACAAACUCGUACAUGAUCUAAACUCCGUCGCACCAAGAUUGAGCCAUUCACUCCUCCAGACCAACAACCCAUUAUCCAUCUCUAUACCACUAGAGCCUCACCCAAACACUAGGAAAUACAACGAGACCUUAUAGGCGAGAUGAAGCAUUGUUGUAAAACUGGAAGGUCUUGGGCUUGUCGAAUUGCGAGCUUGAAGAUAUUGAGGAUUUGGUUAAGAGGUUGAGCUCGAUGGUGGUGAAAGAACAAUGAAGUGAUCUACAAUGAGGUAGUUUGUGGAGUGACGACAGAGAUCGAGGUUGUAACGGUGCAAGGGCUGUUGGCGGGAGAGGUUGAGAGAGGUCACGAGGUUUGUUGGUGUGGAAGUUGUCUCAACUGUGGUGAAAGGUAAUGAGGGUUGGGUUUUGUUGUCUGCUUGGGUUUGGCUUUUAUGUUUCAGUGGGUUCACUACACAAAAAUUGUUAUCACCGACGGCCAUAAAAAUGCCAGUAAGCUCUAAAUGCAAUCAAUGGUGUUAUUUUACCGACGAACAACCGAUGGCUAAAAGUCAGCCAUAUUGGUCUAGUCUAUAAUUAUUGUCGAUGAUUUUGAAAAAGUUGUCGGUAUCUUUGCAACAAUCUUGAACAUCGGUACAAUACCGUUGACUUUAUCUGUAGUUAAAUUACUAACGAUCAGAGUUAUCAAUAAUUUGACUAGAUCGAACGGAAAAAAAAAACCCUUUGAUAAGAAUAGAAGAGUUUCAUCCGUGAAAAAACUUCAACUCCUAAUUCUAUAUGCCCUUUUGUAACAAAAUCACAAUCCCCCAUCACCUAAAUUUCAUAUACAUAUCUAUAUUCCCAAUAGACCACAUCACAAGUGUAUUUUUUUUUCUGAUACAUCGAAAAACAAGCAAACUAACAAAACCUAACAAGCACCAAUGGCAUCCCUCAGCACCAAAACCUCCAAGUCAUAGCAAGGCCUAAGGAGAACCCGAAACCCUGUAUGAGUGAAGGAUGCCUUAGCAAUGAAAUCAGCCGCUCUAUUAGCUUCCCGGUUGAUUCCUCUCAGAGAAACCUGCCACUGUCGAGCCAUCAAACUUUUGAUUUCUCUAAUCUCAGGCACAAAACUAUCCCAACCCUCUCCUUCUACUGCUGCUACCAGCUCCAGAUUGUCAACCUCCCCCUCAAUCCACUUGUAACCCUUGUCCCACGCAAGUCUGAGACUAUCACGAAGAGCACGAGCCUCAACGACUAGAGGAUUUCCGCCAUGUCCUGAAUUCGCGAAGCCACAGAGCCACCCCCAAGCUCGUCCCUAAAGACACCACCAGCACCCAUCAAACCAGUCUCGUGGCGAAAACUCCCAUCAGUACAUACACCACAAGUGUAUUUUAUUAGUAAGAUAUUUAUCAUAUUGUGAAAAUUACUUCAUAAAUUUAAGGCUUAAUACAUCAGAAGGCCCCUGAAAUUGUAAAGGGAAUCAGUUCCAGGGCCUGAAAAAUUUUCGCAUCAAAUUGGGUCCCUAAAUUUUUUUUUUAAUUCAAUUAAAGCCAAAUGUUGCCACCUCUCAAUUUUGUCCUAGUCACCAAUUCCACGUGGCAUUUUUUAUUUUUUUAAAUUGAAAAAUUAUAAAACUUUAUUUUUUAAUUCCAACUCAUAUUAGUUAAAUUUUUCUAAUAACCUUUAUUCUAUUUUUAAAUCCUAAUCUUUCAUCUUCAUCCUCUUAAUUGUCAUCAAGAAAAACCUAGAAUGCAAAAAUUAAACCAAAAAAUUAACAUUAUCAUAUUCACCCAAAAAUUAUAACAAUAAGCCAGAAUAACUCAUUCACAACCAUUCAUAUUCAUCUUCAUCUUUUGAACUCACAUGAAAAUAACCCAGCAAGAAACUGAAAAUCCAGGAACAUCAACCCAAAUCCCAACCCCAACCCUCCCUCACGCUCCCCAACCCCAAACCCAACCCCUGAAAACCUGAAAGGCAAACCCUCUUCCCCCAUCAUCAAUCUCCCUCAACCUUCAUCUUCUUCUUGCACAGUUCAGCCUCCAUAUCAUAAAACCCUCAUAUCAGAAACAAGGAAGAAGAAAAAUGAAAGAGAUGGUGCAGAUCGAGGUCAGAAACUUGGAAGAACAGAAACAGAUUGGCUGGGUCACCUCGGCGGCGUGGCGUGAACGGGGAGAGGAACCGGGUCAGGGUCGAGAGGGUCCGGGUCAGAUUUCGGGUUGGAACUGCAAUUCCAGUACAAGGGGUUUGUGAUGUCGGCGAAGGUGGACGGGGAGAGGGAGAGUAGCAGGCCGGAGGUGGAGGAUGGGGUGAAGCACGUGACUUGCACGGAGGAUGCUGCGACAUUCGUGGCAUCUGCGACAGCCAUGGAUUUGAGCAUGGAUGCUUGCAAGCUCUUGUCUCAGACUUCUCUCAGAAGCUCCAAAAGGGGUGAGAUUUCUGGCUUUGAUUAUGGUUUAGAGGCUUUGAAGGGAUGAAGAAGAACAAUGUUUGAUGUGGAGGUUUGAGAGCUUGAAGACCAGAUCUGAAAAAUUUGAGUGUUGCUGGGUUGAUGCUGCGUUGUUGAAUUUCUAAUUAGAAAUUGAGGUAGGCUUUAAUUUAGGGAUUUGUUAUUAGAUUAGGUUAGGGAUUAAUUAGAUUUAGGUUUUUGUUUAGGUUAUUAUUAGAUUAGGAUUUUAUUAAAUUUUGUUUUCUGCUUAUAUAAUUGAGUUGGAUUUUAAAAAUAAUUUUUAAUUAAUUUUUCUAAUUAAAAAAAAAUAAAAAAAGCCACGUGGUAUUGCUGACUAGGACAAAAUUGAGAGGUGGCAACAUUUGGCCUUAAUUGAAUUAAAAAAAAAUUUCUAGAGACCCAAUUUGAUGCAAAAAUUUUCUAGGCCCUGGAUUUGAUUCCCUUUACAAUUACAGGGGCCUUCUGAUGUAUUAAGCCUAAAUUUAAUUUAAAAAGAACUCCUAACGUAUCAGUUGGAGUAUAUCAUCAAAAGCUUUCACUUUUCUCUAGCUAGAAAAGUCAAGUUACCCCUUAAAAAUUACAAUAAAAUUGACCAAGUCAGUCAGAUUACCACGCCACCAACGUUCUCAGAGUCUCCGUCCACUUCACAAAACCAGCACUCACCAUCUUCGCUCUUCUUCUUUAACCCCACUUUCUAUUCUUUCUCACCAAUAUUCUUCCUCCUCUGUUGAAGAAAAUGGAUCCCAACCUCAACGAUUUCCCCAUUCUCAGCCACCUCAUGCACCAGCAAGAUCCCCAAACCUAUCCACCUCCACCCAGAAACCUCCACCUUCCUCAUCUCAACCACCCCAAACUUACACCCUCACUCACCCAACUCUUCACCGACCUCAACAUCACCCACACCUUCUCCCUCCUCCAAACCCUCGGUCCCCGCCCAGACCCCUCCGCCGUCGCUGCUUCUCGGGCCAAGGUCGCCCAGCCGGAUAUCUCCGACACCGACGUUCACGUGUAUCAGGCUCUCCUGAGGAUGGAUGAGAUGCACGAGGACUGUGCCGAGAAGCUGAGGGUUGCGGAGGAGCGGUUGGCGGAGAAGUACGAGUCGUGCGUGGCGGCGCAGUCGGUGAAAGGAGGUGGUGAUGAGAUUGAGGAGGUUGUUGGAGUGUUGAGGAAAGCGGUGAGUGAGGAUGUGGAGAGAGUUGAUCUUUCUGGGCUUCAGUUGAGGAUUCUUCCUGAGGCUUUUGGGAAGAUCCAUGGUUUGGUCUUGCUUAAUUUGGCUGGCAAUCAGUUAGAGGCGAUUCCAGAUUCAAUUGCAGGACUGCAAAAGCUUGUGGAGCUUGACAUUUCAAAUAAUCUCUUACAGUCUCUACCAGACUCUGUUGGUUUACUUCCUAAUCUGAAGAACCUUAAUCUGUCAGGGAACAAGCUAACUGCUCUUCCUGAAUCCAUUGCUCUUUGCAGGUCACUAGUUGAACUGGAUGCAAGCUUUAACAAUUUGAUGUGUCUGCCAACAAAGAUGGGCUAUGGACUAGUUAACCUUGAGAAGCUCUUAGUCCCUCUAAACAAGAUACGAUUUCUUCCCUCAUCCAUUGGGGAAAUGAGAUCUCUCAGAUAUCUUGAUGCUCAUUUCAAUGAGCUUCAUGGGUUACCUCACUCUAUUGGGAAACUAACAAAUCUCGAAUAUCUAAACCUUAGCAGUAAUUUCAGUGAUAUGACUGAGCUUCCUGAAACAGUUGGUGAUCUGGUUAACUUAAGGGAGCUUGAUCUCAGCAACAACCAAAUCCGAGCUCUUCCUUACACAUUUCGCGAGCUUCAAAAUUUAACAAAGCUCAACCUGGACCAGAAUCCAAUCACGUUUCCCCCAUCAGAGGUUGUAAAUCAAGGGGCUGAUGCUGUCAAAGAGUUCUUGGCCAAGCGGUGGCUUGAACUCAUUGAAGAACAACAGAAAAACAUGGUUGAAACACAAAAUCAGCAAGCACAGACAGGAUGGAUUGCGUGGGGAGCCUCUUUGUUGAAUAAUGUUGCUGGGGUUACUGGAAGUGUUGCAGAAUAUUUUGGCUCUAGAAAAGCUCCAAGAGACCCAUGGUUUGAUCAACAACUGUGAUAUAAGUAUAGCAUAAUCUCUACUCCUGACUCCUGAGUUUCUCUAUGUACAUACUCUAGUUUCAUAAAUUUGCGGGAUGUACAGCUAGUGACAGAGCUUCGGGACUAUUGUGGAUAUUGUAAUCAAAUAGUAUAAAACUUUCACGUGCCAUACCUCCCACGCGAUAAUGUUCUUUACCUUUUUCAAUUGGCCAGAGCAAUGUUUAAAGAUUAGAUGCGAACACUUGUUGAAAAGUAUCAUAUCAGAGCAUUCAAACAGAGGUUUUUAGAGAGGUCAGUUGCAAAUUCCUUAAUUGUUUUGUUUGAAUUGUUGUUCAUUACAUUAUGGUUGCCAUAAUAUUUAGUACGAAACUAUUCUUUUCUA